AUGCCCAUCUUUUAGCCAUCGCUUUGCUUCGCUCGUUUUCAUUUCGUCAGCCUUUUAAGAUCUAACAUCCAAACCCAGUUUUCAUUUCAUAUACUCUCUGUUCCACUCCGAUUCUUAAUUCUUCUACUAUUUUGCUUGCGAAGAAAAUAGAGGGAAGAAGAAGAAAACCUCAAAGAUAUAUCAAUCUGGGAGCGUUUGAUUUGAAGGAUAUAGAUCUAAAGCUUUCAAAACCCCACAUGUACUGCUUUAUUCCCUUUAGAUCUCCAUCCAUUUCAUCUGAUUUAUCAUUCAGUGGCCGAAUACUACGGUACGAAACGGCUGGAUUAUACUGAGAGGACUGCUGAGAGUUUUUAUUGAUUCAAGUAUUGAUUUUUGGAUGGUUUGCUGCAUCCAUUUUUGGAUGUCGAGGAAUUGGAUGCUGGCUAUGGUGAGAUGAGGGAUGUUAUCAAGGUUGGUCAACUUUUUGAGGGCCUGCUGUCUGCAAUCUUCGGACCGCUCUGUCCACGCAGGUUCGGAUGCAGCAGGUCGGCAAGAUGGGCUCCUUUGGUACAAAGACAAAGGGCAACACUUGACUGGUGAAUUUUCUAUGGCUGUUGUCCAGGCUAACAAUUUGCUAGAGGAUCAGAGCCAGAUUGAAUCUGGCCCCUUGAGCACUCUCGAGUCUGGUCCAUUUGGUACCUUUGUAGGAGUAUAUGAUGGUCAUGGUGGCCCUGAGACAUCGCGUUAUAUCAACGAUCAACUGUUCCAGCAUGUAAAGAGGUUUUCCGCGGAGCAGCAAUCAAUGUCUGUCGAUGUUAUAAAGAAAGCAUAUCAAGGAACAGAAGAGGGAUUUUUCUCUCUUGUUGCAAAACAGUGGCUUAUGAAACCCCAGAUAGCAGCUGUGGGAUCAUGCUGCCUGGUGGGUGUUGUUUGUAACGGGACCCUUUACAUUGCUAACGUUGGCGACUCUCGUGCUGUGCUGGGAAGGCGUGUCAAGGCGACCGGGGAGGUUCUAGCAAUCCAGCUGUCAUCUGAGCAUAAUGUAGGAAUAGAGUCUGUCAGGCAAGAGAUGCGUUCUUUGCAUCCUGAUGACUCGAAUAUUGUAGUUUUAAAACAUAAUGUUUGGCGUGUAAAGGGCCUGAUACAGGUCUCUAGAUCUAUUGGUGAUGUCUAUCUUAAAAGGGCUGAAUACAACAGGGAGCCUCUAUAUCAAAAGUUCCGUCUUCGUGAAGCUUUUAGAAAUCCAAUUUUGAGCUCUGAACCAUCGAUAUCUACGCAUGAACUCCAACCUUAUGACCAGUUUAUCAUAUUUGCUUCUGAUGGGCUCUGGGAACAUCUCAGCAAUCAGGAUGCAGUUGACAUUGUCCAACAUCAUCCACGCAAAGGGAUUGCUAGAAGGCUUGUGAAAGCUGCCUUGCAGGAAGCUGCUAAAAAGAGAGAAAUGCGAUACUCAGAUUUGAAGAAGAUUGAGCGAGGCGUACGCAGGCAUUUUCAUGAUGACAUCACGGUCGUAGUUUUAUUUCUCGAUUCGAAUCUUUCAAGCAAAUCCAGCUCAGUAAAUUGCCCUUCAUUGUCCCUCAAGGGAGGUGGAGUUAAUCCGCCUGCAAAAACUCUGGCUCCCUGUGCCACAACUUAAUGUCAGUCGACGAGGUUAGCAACUGCUACUGCUAUAUCUAGCACACAAUCCUCCUCUUACGCAAUGCGAUCGAUUCUCAUCAGCGUAGAAAGGAGAAGGUGCAACUUUUAAUUAAUAUUUAUUUAUUUAUUACAUACGUAAUUUUUUUGUGCAAUGUAACAUUUUAACCUGAGAGACUCUAGUUUAUAAUCCCAGUAUAUUUGCUUGCUCUUAGAAUUUCUGGAGAUUUUGGGUUUUCUAAAUUAUGUCGACAUAUCCUGAACACGGAACUCCAUAGAAUUUCUAUUUACAUGUUU